AUGGAGGAAUUGUGUCGCCUCGGAGGUUUGGAUCCUUUGUGGGACUGGAACGUGACCUGGUACACGGACGAGCCGGAUCUGACGGCGUGCUUCCAGCGCACCGUCCUUGUGUGCUUGCCCUGCGUCUUCCUGUGGACGUGCGCACCCCCAUACCUGCUUUACCUGCACCUGCGCCCCCCGCGACCGCCCCUGCUGCUAUCUUUGCUCUGCUGUACCAAGACGCUGCUGAGUUUGAGCCUGUCAUCGUUCAGCCUGUUGGAGAUUUUCUACAUACUGGCCAAGAAGAACGACCAACUCCACAGUCAUGCCGUCUUCCUGCUCGGCCCGCUGCUUCGAUCCCUCACUUUUGUGGCGUCUGUGUUGGCCCUUCACGUCGAGAGGCGAAAAGGCGUGCGCUCGUCCGUGCUUCUCUUCCUCUUCUGGACGCUCUUGCUCCUUUGCGACGUCGUUCCCUUCAAGGCCGUCGUUCGGCGUAUUGGCCAACAGGGCUUCUCUUCGGAUGCCGUGGCUUUCGUGGCGUUUUUCAUUACUUUCUCCCUUCAAGCGGCACAAGUGGUGUUGAGCGCCUUCUCGGACCGGCGACCGCUCGGUCAGCAACGAGCUGAGAAUGCGUGUCCUGAAGAAGACGCCUCCUUCCUUUCCAAGUUUUUCUUCUUUUGGUUUAGCGGGCUUGUGAUUCGAGGCUUUCGGCGCCCUCUUCUGGCAGCUGACUUGUGGACCCUGCGUGACCAGGACUCGUCCCUGCGGAUCACGCGGGAGCUGGAAGCCGCAUGGACGACAAAGUCUGCGGAAAAGCGGAUGUCAUCCGAGAGCCACUCUGAGGAAAAAACACCGCUGCUGAGCGAGUCCCUUGAAGACCUCCCGCCCAAAAGGCGGCGCUACAUUUACCUCCUGCUGCGCGCGCUCGGGCGGACCUUUGGGCCCUACUUCCUGAUGGGAAUCUUGUACCUGAUCGUCCACGAUGCCUUCAUGUUCGCAGUCCCGCAGGUGCUCAGCUUGCUGCUGGGCUUCAUGCGAGACCGGGACGCACCGGCGUGGAAGGGCUUCCUGUUCGCCGGCCUGCUCUUUCUACUGUCUUGCCUGCAGUCGCUCCUCAACCAUCAGUACAUGUACCGCUGCUUCACGCUCGGCAUGAGGCUCAAGAGCGCCGUGGCGGCCCUCGUCUAUCGCAAGUGUCUGGUGAUGAGCAGCGCCGCUCGCCGCCAGUGCACGGUGGGAGAAAUCGUCAACCUGAUUUCGGUGGACACCCAGAAGAUGAUGGAUUUUGCGGUGUAUGUCAACAGCCUGUGGGCGGCGCCCAUUGAAAUCGCCUUGUGCUUCUACUUCCUUUGGCAGCUGUUGGGUCUGUCGGCAUUGGCCGGGACGGUCGCCGUGGUCCUGAUCUUCCCCCUCAACGCGCUCAUCGCAAAGCUGAGGAGCAAGCUGCAGGAGGUGCAGAUGGACUUCAUGGACGGUCGCAUCAAGCUGAUGAACGAGAUCGUGAGCGGAGUAAAGAUCCUCAAGUUCUACGCCUGGGAGGAAGCCUUCCUGCGCCGCGUGGGCGUUCUGAGAGACGGCGAACUGGACGCCCUGAAGAAGUCUCAGGUCCUCUACUCGGUCUCGCUGGCCUCCUUCAACUCGUCUUCCUUCUUGAUCGCCUUCGCCGUGUUUGCCGUAUACGUGCUGGUGGAUGAGCAGAACGUCCUGGAUGCGCAGAAGAUCUUUGUAUCCGUCGCUCUCAUCAACAUCUUGAAAACUCCUUUAAGUCAGCUUCCCUUUGCCAUGAGUACCACAUUGCAGGCUUUUGUUUCGCUCAGACGCCUAGGAAACUUCUUGUGCCAAGCUGAGCUGACUUCGGAAAAUGUGGAAAAACUGGCCCCUUCCCUUGACGGCGAUGGAGUGGUGAUACGGGACGGCUACUUUGACUGGUCCAGUGAUGGGGUGGCGUGCUUGCAGGCGAUCAACUUGAAGGUGAAGAGUGGCACGCUGGUGGCAGUGGUGGGCCAGGUGGGAUCGGGAAAGUCUUCCUUGCUGUCGGCCAUUUUAGGAGAGAUGACGAGAAGGAGCGGCUCCGUAGUGGUCAGGGGUUCCUUGGCCUACGUUCCUCAGCAAGCCUGGAUCCAGAACGCCACCCUGGAGGAGAACAUUUUGUUCGGCCAGGAGAGGAAGGAGAGCUGGUAUCAUCGCGUGUUGGAUGCCUGCGCCAUGUCACCCGAUCUGGAAGUCCUUCCGGCCGGGGACGCCACCGAGAUCGGGGAAAAGGGUUUGAACCUGUCCGGGGGUCAGAAGCAGAGGAUAAGCUUGGCGCGAGCCGUGUACAGGAAGAGUGACGUUUACCUGCUGGAUGACCCGCUGUCGGCCGUGGAUGCGCACGUGGGCCAACACAUCUUCGACCAGGUCAUCGGACCCAAAGGACUUCUGAAAAACAAGACGCGAGUGCUGGUCACUCACAGCCUCAGCCUGCUGUCCAGGGCCGACCUGGUGCUGAUGAUGGAUGACGGUCGCGUUUCCGAGAUGGGCUCCUACUCCCAACUGUUGGAACGCAAAGGAGAUUUUGCCAAAUUGAUCCACAACUUCAGUGGAAAACCACCCAGAGAAAGCUCCGUCUACAAACGCGUCAGCAGGAAGUCCUUGUCCCGCCUGAGUUUCACCGAUUUUUCCAUUGAUCUUUCUCAGGAGCAGCUCAUCAGCUGUGACAUGAGCGGCGCGAGUGUUCAGGUGGUGGGACUCCACGAAGAAGACCUGCCUUCGGAUUGUCUGGGCAAACUCACUCAGGCCGACGAGGCCCGCGUGGGAAGAGUGAAGCUGCGAGUCUACGGCGAGUACUUCCGAACAGUGGGCCUGACCUUCAUCAUGACCAUCGUCUUCCUGUGCGCCUUCCAGCAGGCCGCCUCCUUAGCGUACAGCUACUGGCUGAGCCUCUGGGCCGACGACCGGCCCGUCAACGGCACCCAGAUGGACCACGAGCUCAGGCUCAGUGUGUUUGGAGCUCUGGGCUUGACUCAAGGUUUGGCCAUGUUCGGAACGAGCCUGGCCGUGGCCUUGGGCGGGAUUGUAGCCUCGCGCCGCCUACACGCCGAUCUGCUCCUCGACGUCCUGCGUUCGCCUAUGUCUUUCUUCGAGGCCACCCCCAGCGGAAACCUCCUGAACCGCUUCUCCAAAGAGAUCGACGCCAUCGACUGCAUGAUUCCCGAAGGCUUAAAGAUGAUGCUGGGCUACCUGUUCAAGCUCCUGGAAGUCUGCGUCAUCGUCACGGUGGCCACGCCCUAUAGCGGCUUGGUAUUGCUUCCGCUUGCCUGCCUCUACGUCUGCGUGCAGAGCUUCUACGUGGCGGCCUCCUGUCAGCUGCGGCGACUGGAGGCAGUCAGUCGCUCGCCCGUCUACAGUCACUUCAACGAGACGGUGCAGGGUGUCUGCGUCAUCCGAGCCUUCGGCGAACAAGAACGUUUCCAAGAACGGGCCCGCCGCCGCAUCGACCAGAACCAGGAAGCUUAUUUCCCGCGCUUCGUGGCUACCAGAUGGUUGGCGGUCAAUCUGGAGUUUCUGGGAAAUCUUCUGGUUCUGGCGGCCGCCAUCUUCUCGGUGCAAAGUCGGGACCAGCUCAGUCCGGGCGUCGUCGGUUUGGCGCUUUCACACUCGCUCCAGGUGACGGGAAUCCUGAGCUGGAUCGUUCGAUCCUGGACCGACGUGGAGAACAACAUUGUGUCGGUGGAGAGAGUCAAGGAGUACGCCGACACGCCCAAAGAGGCGGCUUGGCUGAGGGAUGACGCUCACCUAGCGGCCGAUUGGCCCGCCGAGGGAACUGUCCAGUUCGAGGAUUACGGCUUGCAGUACCGGAAAGGUCUGGACUGGGCCUUGAAGGGGAUCUCCGUCAGCAUCCGGGAUAAAGAGAAGGUGGGGAUCGUGGGAAGGACGGGAGCGGGUAAGUCGUCCUUAGCUUUGGCCAUUUUUCGCAUUCUGGAAGCGGCUAGCGGGCGAAUCUACAUCGACAAAAUGGACAUCGCUCAGCUGGGCCUUCGGGACCUUCGCUCCAGAAUCACCAUCAUUCCCCAGGAUCCGGUGUUGUUUUCGGGCUCGCUCAGGAUGAAUCUGGACCCAUUCGACGAGUGUUCUGACCAGGAGCUUUGGAGAGCUCUGGAGUUGGCUCACCUGGGCGGCUUUGUGUCAGCGCUGCCCGACAAGCUGCAGCACCAGUGCUCCGAAGGGGGUGAGAACCUCAGCGUGGGUCAGAGGCAGCUGCUGUGCCUGGCAAGGGCUCUGCUGAGGAAAAGCAAAAUCCUACUCCUGGACGAGGCCACGGCUGCCGUGGACGUGGAGAUGGACCAGCUGAUCCAGUCCACCAUCCGGACGCACUUCAAGCAUUGCACAGUCCUCACCAUCGCCCACAGACUCAACACCGUCAUGGACUGCGACAGGAUCAUGGUGAUGGAUCGUGGCACCAUUGUGGAGAUGGACGCCCCCGCUCAGCUCAUCCAACUACAAGGGCACUUCUAUCUCAUGUGCCAACAGGCAGGACUGCUUUGA